CUCUAGCUGCUCACCAGUCCGUUCCUGACCAAGACAGCUCCAAUUUCUUCUGUUCCAGUUAUUUUACGCUGUUGUGCCGUGUACUUAGAUUUGCUACCGGAUAGUCCCUUUUUUGUGAAUGGCCGUCCGGGGAUGUGUGAGGAGCUUGUGAAUGGACUGACAGACAGCGUAGGCAUCAACGUAGACAAGGCAAUGUCGAGAGGUCACGCAGCACCAGCGGUGUAGUCUUGGAAUGAAAAGAAACACGCAAGGAUAAUUAAAAGGUAAAUACGCAUAAAACCAACCAGAGCAUGGCCCACAGUGUGGAGGACCUUAUAGGGAUUCCCUUCCCCAACCACAGCAGUGACGUCUUGUGCUGCCUCAACGAGCAGCGGCGUGACGGCCUGCUGUGUGACGUGGUGCUCAUUGUCCGUGACCAGGAGUACCGCACGCACCGCUCAGUUCUGGCCGCUUGCAGCCAGUACUUCAAGAAGCUCUUCACUGUGGCGAAUGAUGGGGGCAGUGAGCACCAUACCGCUGUCUACGAGAUUGACUUUGUGGCCCCGGAGUCAUUGACAGCUAUCUUGGAGUUUGCCUACACGUCCACACUGACGGUGACAGCGUCCAAUGUGAAGGAGAUUCUAAGCGCAGCACGCAUGUUUGAGAUCCCUUGUAUCAUUAACGUGUGUCUGGAGAUAAUGGACUCUGGUGGGGGAAGAGAUGGAAGAAGAGAGGAGGACGAAGAGGACGAGGACGAAGAGGACUUGGAGGCAGAUGAAGACGAUGAAGAAGAUGAGGAGGAAGAGGAUGACAUUGAGGAGUCCAGGAAAGGUAUGCAGGAAGACCACGAGGAUGCCACCAGCGAGAGAUCGACAAAAUCUUCAGAGAGUCAGGGUGGGUCAACCUCUACGAAGCAAGUGGACAGUCCCCCCAGCACCUCUCAGUACCAGACACAAUACCAGACCCAGAGGGAGAGGACAUCCCAGGACACAGAUUCCAUCUGUAGGAAGCCCAGCGAGAAAGAGAGCAUGGAGAGCCGAACUCUCAAAGACUUUUCCAUAGAGUCACUGCUUCAGGAAGGGCUGUAUCCUCGAAUACCAGUCCUGGACAGGAGUUCCAGCUUCUCCCCCUUACUCCCUGGGUUCUACCCCCCCAUGUGGGCCUCCGAGUUCCCAGGCAUCUCCCAGCACAUUAUGGAGCCUGGCCACAGCCACCACCCCUCGCAUCCUCCCUACCCCCCCCAGCCCGAGGCCUGCCCCCUGAAUCUAGCCGUCAAGAGAGAAGUCAUCAAGGAGGAGCUGAAGGAGGAUGUCCCAUCCAACAUUCUCCAUGGCAACUUUCUGAAAGACUUUGUGAGCUCGGGCUUGGGCGUGGUUGGAAUCGGGGGGACAGAUGGUCACCUGGGGCAGGUGAAGGAUGAGGCGGACUUCCGCUCCUACCUGGGAUUUCUAAGUGCUUCCCACCUGGGGGCGCUGUUCCCCCCAUGGCAGCUGGAGGAAGAGAGGAAGAUGAAGCCCAAGGCCUCCCAACAGUGCCCCAUCUGCAACAAGAUCAUCCAGGGGGCCGGAAAGCUGCCACGACACAUGAGGACCCACACUGGAGAGAAGCCUUACAUGUGCACUAUUUGUGAGGUGCGCUUCACCAGACAAGACAAACUGAAGAUCCACAUGCGGAAGCACACAGGAGAGCGACCGUAUAUCUGCCUCCAUUGCAACUCCAAAUUUGUCCACAACUAUGACUUGAAGAACCACCUUCGUAUUCACACAGGGGUGAGGCCCUACCAGUGCGAGCACUGCUACAAGAGCUUCACCCGCUCUGACCACCUGCACCGCCACAUCAAGAGGCAGAGCUGCCGUGUCUCGCGCCCUCGGCGGGGACGCAAGCCUGCCACCUGGCGCACAGCCAAGAACUUCCUGUGCCCUCCUCCUCCUCCAUCCAGCUACCACCUGGAGGAGAAGGGAUUACCUGGCAGCUGCAGAGUUGUGACAUCCUCCUCCUCCCCGGGGGUCAAAGGUCACAAUGGUGGGGAGAUGCGUGAGUUAGGAAGCAGAGGUCUGGCCUACAAGGAUUUUGACAGUGAUAGCAGGGAGAGGAGAGAGGGGAAGAGGGUGGAAAGGAAACACGUAAUGGAGGAGGUGGGGAGGCCGAGAGGCGUGUUCACCUUUGCCCUGGCAGGGGAGGAGGUCCUCAGUCACCCUCAAUUUUAUUCCACAACCCCUGAUCCUUGGACCAUGAGACUGGAACGUGCCCCGCCCAUCCCUGAGCCGUCCAACUGAACUCAGACACAGAGUUCACUAGUUAAAGAUCUAUCCCUCCUACUGUACAAAGACAAGGGUGAAGUCAUGAGAAUUUAAGGGUAGUGAUGUCAUACACAACAUCAGAGGUCAUCUUUUUUAGGUAAUCUCUGAUACAAAUUGUGAGGGGGAAAAAAUGCAAUCUUCUCUUUUGCCAUAAAAAAAAAAAAAAAAAAACUAUCACUUAAAAAUGGAUAAAUGCGUCCAGUUGAGGUAGAACCUCAUGGUUUACAAUGCUGUUCGAAACUUUAACUGAAACACUCCUAUCCUGUAGGAAUUACUUUUACAUUACUUACAAAACAACUUAAAAUACAAUUUAACAUUUGUCAUGUAAUGAAACAAUCAAUUAUUCUCAGGAGACAAUAUAGGAUUAUUGACUACAAUGAAUGUAAAACCAGUAAGGGUGUUCUGAUUAGACUGCAGAUAUUUACCUAAAAAAUCUUUCACAGAUUUGUAAAUUGUGAUUUAAUGAGCAUGAUCAACAUGUUUACAAACCUGGGUACAACCAGGUUUCUAAUUUCCUUUGAAUAUUAUCCAGCAUGAUGAUAAACAUGAAAAUUACUCCACUGAAUCAAGACCAUUCAAAACUUGUUUUUACUUUUGUACUGCUUUGUUCUCAUCUAAGCUUCUGUCUGCACUAUUGUAAAUAUAUAAAUAAUGUUUUACAGAUUUACCAUAAUGAUAUAUACUGAUGUAUCGAUGCUGAAAUUGGUAUUGAUCUUUAAUAAUUGAGAAACUAUCCAAAGAUGUGGAGUUUUCACAGUUUUUCAUGCUUAUGCGUUUCUUCAAAGGACGAAGAUGUAUGUUUGUCACAGGCUAAUUGCGCUUUAGCUGUGUACUGCUAGUGUUUUCUGCAGUAAUAUUGAAAAGGGUUUCUGCCCUGUUUUUAUGAACUUGUUCUCCACAGAUUUAUGUAUAAAUAUUGUUAUUCUGAAUUUGUUUUAAUCAAAUGGGAAACUAUUUUCUUGCUAUUUAUGCAUAUUUAAAUAAGCCUUGGCUAUAUUUUGCAAAUCUGUUUUAUAAAUACACUACUUGUUGGAAAUCGA